AUGGAGGACGUAGAAUCAGACCAGGCAAAGUGGAACAGGGAAUCGACAUGGAGUGGUGGCUCUAGUAAACUCUUCACAAACCUGCACCAAGUAGACGAAUGGUACGUGGCAGACUCCGACUCCGAGGACGUUGCAGCUGCUAUGAGAGAAGAUGACCUAGACGAUGAGGUUCCCGAAGAUGAUGACCCGCUGUGUCCCACCAUUGCCUACACGGCGCUAGAAAAACAACGUUGGAGAAGAUAG